CGCAAGCCACCUUCCGUGCAGCUUUGCUUCGCAAUAACUUUUUACUAAAUGACUAAAAGCAAAACUUUUUCUCAGAAACUGUAGCUUAUUUGAACGUCGGGAAAAUAACAGCAGGCUCACAGAUGUGCCUCGGAGUGCCUUAGCACAUUUACAAGAAUUAUAAAGUGAAUAGCAGCUGCUUUUGGACAUACUUGAAAGCAAUAUAUAAGUGCUAUCAAUCAGGGGACUAUAGUAUCGAUGUUGAAGUGAAGACGGGUUGGAGAUAUCGUCUCCCGCUGUAGCCUAACUAUGGGUCGAUAGUAUGGACUUACCCGACUCUGGAGAGGGACAGUGCGUCAAGGCUGAUCGGAAUUUACUUCUCCGCUAUUCUUGUGGAAUAAAAGUUCAUUGACAAACGGGAGGAUUAUUUACCGAGUUUCACUUAGAAGUUAGGUUUUGUUGUUUCGUGUGGAGGGAUGGCGGGACUAGUUGUGUUUAUUUUCCUGUGGGUGUUGACAUGGUUCGGGGAAGUUCGGUGUGCAUCAUACCCGCAGCGGUAUAAUCUCUACUCCGGACAGACCCAGGCGCUGCCACAGAACGGCGUCCGGGCGGCAAGCAGACACAGAAACUGGUGUGCAUAUGUGGUGAAGAAGACAGUGAGCUGUGUGGUGGAGGAUGGAGUGGAGACCUACGUGAAGCCUGACUACCACCCCUGCUCCUGGGGCACGCAGUGUUCCCGUAUGGUGACGUAUCGAACGUAUAUGAAGCCGCGGUACAAGGUGACCUACAAGAUGGUGACGGACAUGGAGUGGACGUGUUGCCAUGGUUACACCGGGGAUGACUGUAACGAAGGGCCGAGCGGAGGGUCGGGGACCCAGAUCGCCACAGCCAGACCCAAACCGUCCCGACCGGGACAGACCGGAACCAACACAGGUCAUGGAGGACAGAGUGGGGGAGACGGUGGGUGGCGAGGCGACAGCGACAAGAUGCGGCAGCUGGAGGACAAGAUCCAGAGCCUGACCAAGGACCUCCAUGACCUGCAGUCCACGCUAAGGGGCAUGAACGAACGCUUCCAGGAGGAGAUGCGCAAACCGGGCUUCAGCGGCGGUGGCGCCAAGACCCCAGCGGACGCGGCCCAGCCGGAAAUUAAGGACACCAUCCACAGCAUCCAGACCAAACUAGACCAGCUGGACAACCGGACCCAGGCCCACGACAAGACCCUGGUCAGCAUCAACAACCACCUGGUCAAUGGAAAUGGCGGCAGCGGGAAUGAUCUCGGGGGUGGGGGUGGUGCUGGCGGGUCCUCUGGAGGCACCGGAGGGAUUAGCGGCGGGAAACUCAACACGCUUAAAGAGGAGAUCCUGAGGGAGCUGGAGAGAAGGGUGUCUCUGUCCUGCUCUUCCUGCCAGUCGGGGGUGGAGGACCUGCGGAGGCAGCAGCAGGGGGACAGGGAGAGGAUCCGGGCGCUGGAGAAGCAGCUGAACUCCGUGGACGGACGAUAUCGCCAGAGCCUGGAUGGCCUGCGCCGCGAGGUGACACGCUCCCAGGGCUGCUGCGACUCUGUCACCGACCUCAAGAACAGGGUCACAGAUGCUGAGAGGACGAUCAGCUCCAUUUCAGAGAACUACGACGUCAUCCAGAACCGCCUAGAUAAGGAGCUAGGCAGUGGCGGCGGAGGUUUCGCAGGAGGUGGAGGUGGCUUUGGCCCUGGAGGUGAUGGCUUUGGCCCUGGAGGUGGCAGCGGGUUACCCAGGGCGAUAGAGGACAGGCUGGACGGUCGUCUGAGGGACCUUGAGAGGCGGGUGAACAGCACAAUGCAGCACACAGAGGAGAGCUGCGUCGUCAUAGAGAACGACCUGAAGGACUACUUCCACCGUGAGCUGGGCGACCUCCGGACCGUGUUCCUGGACCGUUUUGAUGACCAGGGAUACCGCAUCGGAGACAUAGAGCUAGACGUGGGCAUUGUAAAGGACCGCGUGUCGGACCACGACAAGAAGCUGACCCGCCUGGAGAACUCCACGGUGCUACUAGACAAGAGUCUGACUGACUCUGGAGGGGACGGAGGAAACGAUUAUGAGGGAGACUCUGUGAAGUCUAUCACCUGGAGGGUGGUGGCCAAUGAGGACGAGAUCCGCCGUUUCGACACGCGGAUCAAGGACCUGUCUGUCUCGGGCGACUCCCUCAUGGACAAAGUGGUGGACCUCAGCCACGACAUCCGCAAGAUCAAAGCCCUGACCGGAGACAACGGCGAGCACUUCAACCGCAUCAUCACAGAGAUCGAGACGCUGGGGCGCGGCAUGGACGACUGUGACAUCUGUGGAAGAGUGGAAGACGAGUUGAAGAAGCUGAAGAACCACACCCUGAACCACUGGGAGAAGGACAUCAACGCCAUCCGGAACCGGGUGGAUUCGGACCAAAGCUCCUGCUCCCAGGUGUGCUCCACACUACAGGAAGAGGUAGGGAAACUCCGGGAGGAGGUGGGGAAGUGUAGCGACCAGUGUAAGAUCCACCUGGAGACCCCAACAACAGGAGGUGGCACUGGAGGAGGAGGCCUGGAUGACCCUGAGAAGCCCCUGGACGGUCACAGUGUGAUCGGAGGCAUGUCCAACAACGGCCACCUCAAGUCCCUGCAUGGCGAACUGUCCGAGGUCAUCCUGACCUUCAGCUCCAUCAACGACACACUGAGGGGCCUGGAGCACACAGUGCAGAAACAUGGCAGCGUUAUCACCGACCUGGGCAACACCAAGGACAAGAUCAUCUCUGAGCUGGACAAGAUACAGCAGGAGGUGACUGAGCACAUCGAGAAGAGCCGCGACCGCUUCGACGGGGUGGAUCGCGAUGUGCGCCGCUUCGAGAGAACCCUAGUGGUGGAGGUGGGCGACUGCAAGCGAUCUGGCGAUGGCCUGGAGAAGAGGCUGUCCAAGAUGGAGGGCGUGUGCGGACGGCUGGACGGCGUCUCCAACUCGCUCCAGAGGAUCAAGGAGGGGCUGAACAAGCACGUGUCGGGCCUGUGGAACUGUGUGAACGGUCUGAACGCCACGGUCAUCUCCCAUGGAGGGUUCAUUGAGAACAUCCAGACCACUCAGCUGGAUGGGAUCCAUGGGAAGAUCAAGAACCUCAACUCCUCCGUCAGCCACAUCCUCAAGGAGUUCCAGAAUCUUUCGGAACAGGACCUGACUGGCCUGCCUGGUCCUCCAGGUCCCUCUGGGGAGAGAGGGUUUCAAGGGAUGCCUGGCGCUAACGGGCCCCAAGGCAGGGAUGGACCCCAGGGCAGGCAGGGAGAGAACGGGCCCAGAGGACCACCAGGCCUCAAAGGUGAACAAGGAAUGCCAGGUGCCGAUGCCAACGUGCCCAAACUGUCCUUCUCUGUUGCUCUCACCUACCCCAUGCUCAGCGCUGGCACCAUCGUCUUUGACAAGAUCUUUGUCAACGAGGGAGAGUUCUAUGACCCGCGGACAGGCAUCUUCACAGCGCCCAUUGAUGGCCGCUACUUCUUCAGUGCAAUCCUGACUGGCCACAAGAACGAGAAGAUUGAGGCGGUGCUGUCCAAGUCCAACUACGGCAUGGCCCGUGUGGACUCCGGGGGAUACCAGCCAGAGGGCCUGGAGAACAAGCCGGUAGCCGAGGCCAAGAUCACCCCUGGCUCCCUGGCCGUGUUCAACAUCAUCCUGCCCCUCCAGGCUGGAGACACAGUCUGCAUUGACCUGGUCAUGGGCAGGCUGGCCCACUCCGUAGAGCCUCUCACCAUCUUCAGUGGAAUGCUGCUGUAUGAACAGGUGUAAGCCAGCGGGACAGAACCCCCAUCUGGUUCUCCAUCUGGAACAUGAGAGAGGGAGAGGAAGGAAGAAACGGAGAGGGACGAGGAAAGGGAGAGAAGAGAGGGGUUGGGGUUGGUCCCCUCCUGGACUGUUUAGACUCACGGUUUGAAUUGACAACUGCUUUUCAAAGCAAAACGACCGGGCCAGAGAACGAGGUGGAAUGACUUUAUAACGACUUGUGAAACACGGGAACGAACGAGAACUAGGACACGACGACAACGACAGAAACGUGUUUCUCCCUCCGUGUGUUAUUUCUGGCCCUCUGAUGUUGUGAGACCAGGUGAAUUGCUUGAAUAAACACAGGAUAUACUAUAAACUGAG